UUCACAGCAGAGUGGCGGAAGCGCGAAGGGAGGCGUGGCGGUAUUGCUUUACGGCUGGCCGCGGAAUGAGCCUCUACGACGUAUUUCGGGGUUUCUUCGGCUUCCCCGGGGAGCGGAGGCCCCGCGACCCCUUCUUUGGGGGAAUCACACGGGACGACGAUGAUGAUGAUGAUGAAGAUGGCUUUGGGGCGAGGCACCCCGGGGACUUUGGGUUCGGGUUCACAUUCAGCCCAGGCGGGAUGCGUUUCCACGACACCUUCGGAUUUGACGAGCUGUUCCAGGAUUUCAACAACCUCUUCCAGGAGAUGGGAGUGAGGAGUUUGCCUUCUGGGCCCUUUGAUUUCCCAGAGCCACCGGCACCAUCACCUGAGAAGAGGCAGACUCUGCGGGAUUUCAUGCUGAAACAUCCGGAUAGCCAGAGGUCUGGCAGCAGAGCCCUAGAGGACGACUCAGGCCCCACAGCUCCAGAGAGGAGGCCCUGGCAGCCGUUCCAAGGGCUGCGAGAGACUGAUCCACCUCUCCCAGAACUGAAAGAUGCCCCAAAGGAAGACAGAGAUCUGGACUCACAGGUCACAUCCAAAGGGCUCGAAACUAUUCUUCCCCCAGCCCAGCCCCGGUCGUAUUUCAAAAGCGUCUCGAUCACAAAAGUGGUAGCACCAGAUGGGACGGUGGAAGAGAGGAGGACGGUGCGUGACAGUCAGGGUCACGAGGAGACAGUUGUCACCCGCCAGAGCGGAGGGGAGCCACGUCCGGGGUUUGACGGUGGCCGGCAAGGAGGCUCAGGAGACCUGUCACCCUUCCGUUCACGCCCUGGAGAGGACCUAGGCGACUCCGCUUCCAUCCUGGACACCUUUUUCCGCCGUUGGUUCUAGAGCUGAUAGUUCUGCCUGGUGGGUGGCCUUAGAGGGUAAGAUCUGAGGUCUUCCUAUGCAGUGGUAGGCUGGCACCCAUUGGGACUGGUAGGGUGGAAGGCAAGGAGCCCAACAGCAGAUGGCGCUAGAGCCAACGGGAGGCACAGCCUUGACCAAUGAGAGGCAGUCCCGCCCCACACAUGGAUGCAAGUAAGAAGGCAGGCAGGUGGGGGUGGCUGAAGGGGGGCUGAGUUUGGUGAGGCAGUGCCCCCGUUCUCUCCAAAUGGAACAGCCUCCACUCUUUCCUGUGGCUGAGUCAGACAGCUUUGGGGGCUCUCGCCUUCAGCCUUAGAGAUGGGAUGGGGAACCAGCAGCUCUGCAGGACCCUCGGCUCUCCUCAGGCCCAGCCAGCAGCCCCAAUGGUCAGGGAUGGGAUCCCUGAUUGGUUGGGACAUGGGCCUAGUUCGUAGGCGAGAAGCCUAUGGCCUUCCAUGACGCUUGAGUUGUUGGCGUAGCAUUACAGAUCUUGCCCCAGGGACUACGGAAGCCCAUGGCGUAAUUUAUCCAAAGUUUGGGUGCUCAAGGAGCAAGGAGGGCAGUGUGGUGCAUAGCUGUCAACUGACCCUUAGUUCGUGGGAAACUCCCUUAUCCCAGCGCCGUGUCCCGCUGCUGUCCCUUAUUGAUGAUGUCCCUUAAAUUUCCUGGGUUUCAAAGGAAGCAGCUCCUCUCCCACCCUCCCUGCCGGCCAGGGAGGAGGGAGGCUCCAACUGUGUUGCUUGGCUGCGUUGCUCACCCAAUAAGGCACUUGUACCAAUCAAAUCGGCCGCGUUGCCUGGGGACUCGCCUUUGCUCAGUGCUUCCCAGCGAAGAGGUGGCAGUGGUUUUCCUUGCUGCAUUCCCUUUGCCGGGUUGCUGCACUGUGGGAACCACCGCUUGAGGCUUCGUUUGGCUGCUGGCUGGGCUUUCUGCCUUUGGCUCGGAGGGGCUCAGAAGGUGAACAUACCUGUGCUUUGAAAAUCCCUUAUUUUGGCUGCUGAUCCCUUAUUUUCGAGGCCGCUGGUCCCUUAUUUUCAAAUCUGUAAGUUGACAGCUAUGGUGUGGUGUUGUGGGUUGGAGUGUCAUACGAGGCCCGGAGAGAGGCCAGCGUUCAAAUCCCCACUUGGCCCUAAAAGGUCACUGAGUCAGUCACAAGCUCCCAGCAUAAACUUCCUGGCAGGAUUAUGGUGAGAAUGAAAAUGGAGAUUUGGGGGGAGAAAGAGCAAGGCGGAGAGCGGAGGCACAUUGUGUUCUUCUCUGUUUCAUUGGGUUUCUGUUCUUUUUUCUUUUCAGAUUUGUGCCUCUGCGGACAAGGCCUCCAUUUCAGAUAUUGCUUCCUUCCUGUGUGUUUUCAGUUCCCUGCGGCCUCCUCUUUCUUCGGGGCGGGCUCCAUCUCCCGAAAUAUAACAUUAAAUAGCCUUUAUUUAUGCUUAA